AUGCUCUCCCUUCCUCUCAUCACCCCCCGCGACUCCCAUGAACUCUGGUUUGGCUCUUCACAACCCUACCGCUCCUCGUCACAACACCACUCAUCCGCCGGAGACACACCGGGAGGUGCCCGUCGCAAUGGCACUAAUACACCGAAUGGACGCGGAUCGUCCGCCGCCGCGGGAAACAUGCUAUCAUCUUUACUCCUAGAAGAGCGCGCCCUGCGUGCGCGCAAGAACAACAUUGCCUCGUUCGGAUACUCAUGGAUACGACCGGCCGGAUGCCCAAAGACCAUGCUGGGCAUGAAAGAGGAGGAGGCGGAAAGAGAGGAGGCACUGGCCGCAGCCGCAGCAGAGAGGGCAGCAGCGGCAGCAGCAGCAGAUGCAGGAGUCGACGGGAUGGACGAAUUCGGGGGACAAACACAGGGUACGAUAGACGGUGACGGUCAAGACGACACAGGCAUGGAAAGGGACCUGGACGAUGAUAUUCCGGACGCGGAUGCAGAUGGACUGGUCGAGGAAGGCGAGGAAGGUCUGGAGGAGGAGGAUGUCGUGGACGAGGGGGAGUACAUGGAACGAGAUCUAGACGAUGACAUCCCGGAAGCGUUCCCGGAUGAUGACGACCUUGAUGAGGAAGACCUGGAAGAAGAGAACGAUGAUUUCAACAACCAACCAGACCUUGAUGAUGACAUCCCCAGCGCGGUCGAAGAGGAGUAUGGGGACGAAGUUAUGAGCGGGGAGGAAGAUAUGGGCCGGGAUCUGGAUGAUGAUAUUCCUGAGGCGGCCGAGGACCGGUCUGAGCAGGAAGAGGAAUGGCAACACACCGACACCGAUGCCGAAUUCGAUGACGAGGAGGACGUUAGUUUCUCGCAUGACCCCUUUUCGCAGAGCCUUCGCGCCAGUACAACUAGCAGUCGGGGUCUGCCCCCGCCUCCUGUCCGACGGGAGAGAGAAACGGAGGCCCAACGACGAUUCUUACAGCGUUGGAGUGGCGGGGGCGAUGCCUUUGACACAAGCAGCAUGCUUGUCGACGAGGAAGAUCUCCGCGCUUCUUUGACCAGCCAGGGCAGUCGACGGAGUUUCUUUAGCCGUUUCCCAAGGCGUCGCACGGGAGGGCCAAGGGACAGUUUCGACUGA